CAGUUGGUGGCAAUAGUCGACCCCUCGGUCACUUCUACCACUCUGUUGACCCAUCCGAGUGGGUCAAGGGUUCCCCGGUCACUCUCUACCGCUACAGCCACCUAGGCCAGGGCCGUAGGUUGGGUUUUAUUCAGGUCGCCUUUAUACCUGCCAACUCUCCACGAAACAAUGUCUGUCAGCUCCCGCAGUUCGAGCUCGGGCUCGAGCUCUAGGGGCCAGUACAGGGAGCGCCGUCUCCCCAAGACGGCCGCUGUCAAUGCUCUGCUCUACUUCAGCGGUCGGAACCCAACGAGGGUCAAGAGUGUCCGGGUCUACUACAACGACGACGAUAUUGAAACGGGGAGCACUGGUUCUGGUUCCGUCUUCUCCUGGGCCAGCGGAAGGAGCGACGUCUAUCUGGUCGAAUCGACCACGCCGUACUGGUACGAUGACUACUACAUGGAAACGUCCGCAGAACCAAAACAUAAGAAGCGGAAGUCUCGGAAGCAAGGUAGAUCCUCCCGCGCAUCCCAGCGCCCUCCCACAGGUACCUGGCCGAGACACGCAACUGUUCAAGACGAAAGCGACGAUGACGACGAUGACGAGAGCGUCAACAGCUACGAUGACUAUGGGCCCCCACAGGCCGGUUUCCCGCAUCCAGGCAUGAUGCCUCCGCCGGGCCAUCCUCCCGGCCCUCCUCCGGGAGCGUUCCAGCCUGUCUACGGUGGCAUGUAUCCGCCACACGUCCACCCUGAAUUCGUUCCGCCUCCCCCACCGAUGGGACCAGCAGCUACGCCCCCGCCACCACCGCCUGGAGGCCACUUCGUGCCCGACAGUGCCGGAAUCCAGGUGUUUGUUGACGGCUAAGCCGCAGAGCUCGCGAGCUGGAAAGCUGCAGGGUGAAUGGAAGGAACGUCCAGGACAUUCCAAUUUUCUGUACCAAUACCAACAGACUUUUCGCGCGGCAAGGGCGCAUUACAGAGUCUCCAGUCCGGGCCACAGGACGGAUUGGUUCUUUUUUUUCGCUGGAAU